AUGCAUAGAUUGAUGCCGCGAACGGCCACAUCAGCGAUUGUGGAGGAAGGAGUUGAGGUGGUGAAGAUAUUGGAGGAUUCGUAUGAAGAUUGCAAGAGAUUUAUGAUGGAGAUGAUUGUGAAGAAGAUAUUUGAAGUGGCUGAGCUUGAAAGAUUUGAAUCUGGAGAGCUCCAAAGGGAAUCUGGAGAGCUCCAAAGGGAAUAG